GAGUAGGAAAAUAAUUAGGUAACUGAUGCUUCCGAAUUGUGGUAUCAAUGGACAUCAAAUAAUAAAGUUCUCAUUUUUUAAAACUAAGGUAGACCAAUUGUCAAUGGAUUCAAAGGUUGCUCCCUUUAAUCCGAGGAGCUGACAGCUCCAUACGAAUUAGAUUUAAAAAGGAAGCUUGCCAAUUGUCAAGAGAAAGUAGCUCGGAAGAUUUCUAACGUGAGGCAAGAAGUAAUUUAGACGUUACAGUGCAGAGGAACUCACACUGGUGAAAUGUGAGAGAAGGCUUUGAAAGGUCCAAGAAAAUUAAAGUUUGAGAAAUAAAAAUGAUGUUUACACAGUCCCACAGUUUUCUAAAACGGGAAAAAAACGUAGCUGCCAGACUGGGUGACCAACCGUACUCUCCAGUGCCAUCUUUCGACGUACACGAGUAAAACGCAGAACACAGCCUACAAAAAGCAGCGAAUCAUUGCGACAGCACCGAAAUCAAUAAACGGUGGUCAGUUCAUCCAGCAUUUCGACCCGCAGACCCUGAAAUGGGAGGGUCUGACUCAACGUAGGAAGACGACGCCUUCCUUGAUUUUUUCCUGCCUUCCUGUUUGAGGAUGAGACUUCCCAGCUCUAUUUUUGUGUCUGUCUCCCUAUUCACAGCCGAGACGAUCGCUGCCCUGUACCUCAGCAGCACUUACAGAUCAGCAGGAGACAGGAUCUGGCAAGGCUUGACGCUUCUCUUUACGCUGGUGCCUUCAGUUCUGGUGCAGCUCACCCUUAUUUUUAUCCAUAGGGAUCUCAGCCGAGACAGACCUCUGGUGCUGCUCCUGCACAUAUUUCAGCUGGGACCAAUCGUCAGGUGUUUUGAAGCAUCUUUCAUCUAUGGAAAUGCAAGCAGUACAGAGGAACCUUAUGUCAGUAUUACCCGGAAAAGGCAGAUGCCCAAAGAUGGCCUCUCAGAGGAAGUUGAGAAAGAGGUUGGACAAGCCGAAGGAAAAUUAUUUACCCAUCGGGCUGCAUUUGCAAGGACAUCUGUAGUCCAGGCUUUUUUAGGGUCAGCGCCCCAACUUACUCUUCAGCUCUAUGUUUGUGUGCUUCAACAAGAUGUUUCAGUUGGAAGAGGCAUACUGAUGACUAUUUCCCUGCUUUCAAUUGUUUAUGGGGCUCUGCGUUGCAACAUUCUCGCCAUAAAGAUCAAGUAUGAUGAUUAUGAAGUGGAUGUGAGACCUGCAGCAUAUCUCUGCAUAUUCCUAUGGAGGAGUUUUGAGAUUGCAGUAAGGGUAGUCGUUUUAGUUCUUUUCAGCUCUGUCCUACAGAUCUGGAUUCUACCGGUGGUCCUGCUCAAUUUCUUCAUUUUCUUCUUCUAUCCUUGGAUUCUGUUCUGGCAAAGCAAAUCCCCCUUUCCAGAAAACAUUGAAAAGACAUUGACAAGAGUGGGUACUACCAUUGUUUUGUGCCUUUUGACAUUUCUUUAUGCUGGCAUCAAUAUGUUUUGUUGGUCAGCUGUGCAGCUAAAACUUAAUGACCCCGACUUGAUCAACAAGUCCCAAAAUUGGUACAGAAUGGCAGUUUAUUACAUGUUGAGGUUUGUUGAGAAUGCCACACUAAUUCUGCUCUGGUAUGUUUUUCAAACAGACUUCUACAGAUAUAUCUGUGCACCCUUGCUUGUCUUGCAGCUGCUGAUUGGUUACUCCCUAGCAAUAUUUUUUAUGCUUGUAUUCUAUCAGUUUUGCCACCCUUGCAAAAAACUGUUUUCUUCAAGUAUUGCUCAAGGAAUGUGGGAAUGUUCUGAGUUACUUUGCCUUCUGUGUCAAAAACGUAACACAAGAGAACCUGAUGACAAGCCUAACUUGGAACCGUCAAGCACGUUUGACAAUGACAUCACAAAUGAUACACUAAAUGAGUCACAGAACGGGAUAACCAGUCAGGGUUUCUCUGUUAAUCCAUGAGGAAACUGGAAAAUACUGGUAAACUAAUAGAACUAAGUUUGCACCAGAUGGAAAGAAGUGCAAGUUCUAUACUUGAACAACUCAUUUUCAGGAUUAAAACGUUAGAUCUCUAUACAGAUUUGAGAGUCUCAUUCAGUAAGUUCUUUCAUUCUGUGUUUGUAUUAUAUUUCAUACGUGGCUGUGGCUGGCUCUUAACAUAAUGUAACACUUUGAAACCCACUUAAUCCAAUUACUGGUUACUAGGGAAGUGAGCCCAUCCAAGAUAUACUUGAACAAGACCAUCUAAGACAGUUAUAGUUUAAUUUUACAAUAUUUAUGUCUGCAAUUUUGUAGAAAUGCAGGUUACUGUAUUUAUACUGUGAUAUUCUAACACAUACCUCUACAUUACCACAAAAUCUAAGAAUUGAAUAUACACAAGUGCUCAGUAUCAAUGUAUGUAGUCCAGAAAUUAUAUUGAUUUGAAACUGAAAAAAACGUUCUUUAUUUCAAAAUACAGCUAGCUGAUUUCUCCCACAGACUUAUUGCUUUGCUUUACUUUUUAGUCAAAGUUCUUCUUGUUCACUGUUGAUAAACAAUCAGUCCUGACCCUGCAGAAGGCUAGCAAAGAUGGGAAUGCCAAAGCCUAUGCUGAAUAUUGUGCCCCAUUUUUUGGUUUGUUUUCUUUUUAAACAAAUGCCCUCUGUCAUGUGAUGCCCAUUUUAUUAUAAUUGUAAAAAGAUGCACAUGAGGAAUGGGAAUUUCUCAGAGCCUUUUUUAGUGAUUUCUCAGCAUGUGGUGUUUACCCUUAUCUUUAACUGAUCUUUUUUAGACUUCAUUUUUAAAUUGGAUGUUUAGUAUUGACUGGUCUUCUCAAUGACAUCAUGCUUUAUUUUGUAACAUGUAUAUUUAACAUGGACAUACACCAUUGCUGUAUAAGGCAAUGUGAUAGAACUGAUGCUAUAUUUAGUAAGGAAAGCAGAAAUCACAAUCAGGAUUAUUCCAGUUGGUGAAGCUCACAGGUACACAGAUGAAUCAGUCUUCAACACAUUCUGUCAAGUGACUGCUCAAUGAAGUACUAAUGAGUACUUGGUUAAGAAUAGUACGAAAUAUUGCAACAUCACAUAUAAUGAGACAACUACAUUUUUCAUCAUUAUUUGCAAAUUCACACCAGAACUUUUUUCAUACCUACAAUAGAUAGAUAGAUAGAUAAAUAGAUAGUAUAUGGAAGUCUUAUCUUUGUUUCCUAUCAUUCAACAGAUGCAACCCUUUUCAUCGAGCACCUGCAGGAACAGCAUCAGGCAAAGGGAUAGAGGCUGCAGUUGUAGAUUAGG